AUGAGGUUUAUGCAUCGUUUACAUCAGCUUAUAUACAUUAUACAUCGUCAAAAGCUAUGUGGCUGGACUUUGCAUAUUCCAUGCCUGGGUCUACCGCACCUGACUAGCGCGCAGCUGAACAACACGCCACGCGCCCAGCUGGACACGCUAUUCUUCAAUCGCGUGCCCAAGGCGGGCAGUGAGAAGCUGAUGGAACUGCUCAAUCUACUCGCCAAGCGCAACAACUUCCAGGCGCGCCGUGAUCCCAAACUCAUUUACGAGACCAUACUCAUGGAUCGUGGCUUUGCGAGCCGCUGGCUCCAAGCCGAAUUGCUCAACUGCAGCGGCGCCAAUUCGUACUCGAAGCAUGUGGCCUUUGUGAACUUUGCGCAGCAUGGACAGCCAUGGCCCAUCUAUAUCAAUUUGGUGCGCGAUCCCGUCGAGCGGCUGAUCAGCUGGUUCUACUACACACGUGCGCCCUGGUAUCUGGCCAAGCGAGUCAAGACAUUUGGCCAAAGCUUUCGCCUGCCGACAGAGCAAUGGCUGCGCAAGGAUUUCAAUCACUGCAUCUUGGAGCACGACCCGGAGUGCGUCUACACGCAGCAGCAGCGCGAUCAUCUGGACGAUCAUAGGCGGCAAACGUUGUUUUUCUGCGGACAGCAGCACGCACUCUGCAUGCCCUUCAAUUCGCAGCGUGCCAUGCAGCUGGCCAAGCGUCAUGUGGAGCAGCACUACGCUGUGGUGGGCACCUGGGAGGACACCAACACCACUCUAAGCGUACUAGAGGCCUAUAUACCGCGCUACUUUGCCGGCGCGUUGAGCUCAUAUCUGCAGUCGUCCAUGGAGCAGCUGAAUCGGAAUGCCCUGAGGCCCAGCAUUAGCGCGGAGGCGAUCGCACUGCUGCGUCGCAAUCUGACGCACGAGAUUGAGUUCUAUCGAUUUGUGCGCCAGCAAGAUGAUGAUGAUGAUGAUAACUUCAAUACGGCUGCCGAUUUGCUUAACAAUACCAAGAACGCCGAGGUGGACUUUGUCUUCUUCAAUCGCGUGCCCAAAGUGGGCAGUCAGUCGCUCAUGGAGUUGAUGCGACGUCUGGGCAAGAUCAAUGGCUUCACGCAUGCGCGCAAUCCGGGCAAGGCCAAGGAGACCAUACUGAUGGGCAAGGAAGUGCAAAAGGAGCUGAUGGCAGAUCUGCUCACGCGUCCCAAGCCCCACAUCUAUAGUCAGCAUGUAGCCUACAUUAACUUUACGCGCUUCCAUUUACCGCGACCCAUCUACAUAAAUCUGGUGCGUGAUCCCAUCGAGCGUAUCAUCAGCUGGCACUACUAUGUGCGCGCGCGUUGGUACUACAACGAUAUGAAAGCCAAGCUCGGCGACCAGGCCGCACCCAUGCCCUCGGAUGAGUUUCUCGAUCUCGACUUGGAUACGUGCGUUAAGAACAAAGAUCCGCAUUGCGUCUUUGAGCAAAUGCAAGUCAAGAACCCCGUGGGGGAUCAUCGUCGGCAAACUUUAUUCUUUUGCGGCAUGAACAAGAAGAUUUGCAUGCCCUUCAACUCGCCGGUGGCCAUGCAGAAAGCCAAGCGCACUGUAGAGGCGGAUUAUGCCGUCGUAGGCACCUGGGAGGAUACGAACAUAACGCUCACCGUGCUGGAGCAUUAUAUACCAAAGUAUUUUCGCAAUGCCAAGAUAGCCUAUUACCUCGGGGAGGAGCGACUCUCGCGUGUGAAUCGCAACAACGUCACUCGCAUUGUUAGCGACGAGACGCGUCAAUUGCUGCGCAAGAAUCUCACCAAUGAAAUUGAGUUCUAUGAGUUCUGCAAACAGCGUUUGUAUCUGCAAUAUUCAGCGCUCAGUCAGGGUCCACGCUUCGGGGAUGACGACUAUCUGCUAAUGCCGGAAGAACGCGGCGGCGAUCGCAAACUAGACGAAGAGUAUUAA